AAAUAGUAUAAAUUCUGAGAUUCAAGCGACUUACGGCAGUAGCCAAUCAUCUGAGCAUUAGUAGACAUUCAAAUCGAUUAACCAACAUGAAAUAUAUAAUUAUUCUUUGCGCCGUUGUGCCACUGGCAAUGGCCAUUACGGGAGAAAAUAAUUCUGAGGACUCCAAUUCGAUAAAAUUGUGGUCAGAAGAGACCCAGUCAUGGAUUAAUGACUUUGUUGACACGUUCAGACGAACCAUAACUUUUUUAGAUACAUCGAUAAGAGCCAGCUUGGACAGAGUACAUGAUGUGUACUAUACUUCCAAAUAUGAAGAGGUCAAGCAGAAGUAUUUAGCAUUAGCAAAGGAAUACGAGCACUCUACAGAGGAUAAGUGUAUCCAAUAUAUUCGUGGAAUUCUACGUGCCAAUGAGAAAUAUCAUAAACAGUUGUCCGAUCAUUUAAACAAUACUUCACAAAGCUGGGUCAAGAGCGUUAACGACUUUCACUCGUUGAAUACCACAGGGAAUAAAUUGGCGGAAAUGAUCGUUUCAGGUGAUAUAUGUGGAUCCGAGAUCAAGAUUAAUGGAGUAAAAACAGUCGUCGAUUGUACUAACAAACAAGAAAUGGCCGUUUACGAGAGCACUGUUGCUAAGGAAAUCCUGAAGAAUGUUAAAGGUUUUAUGGCCUACGUCACGUAUUGGGAGACUUUAUUCCAUAACUUUUAUACAAACAAUUCUUUCCAAGCCUUCUAUUUCGGGAAAACUGACGCAGAGUUGAGGAAAUUUUGCCAUAAGAAGUCAUAAGAGAGCUGUUGAUGGAUUACAAGAUGAAAAAUUGGAGAAGAUGAUCGCUAUUUUAUUAGAUAAUUAUAGGACCGACCGUUGCAUGUGAAGCGAAUCAUUGAAAUUCAUGCAGAUUUUUAAACUGUCGGAUUGAUUGUCAUUAUUAAAGUAUAAGGAACGUCAUCUGAAAAUGUUUUAUCUAGAGAUGUACUAUUAGUAGAAA